AGCAAUUAAAUAGAACUCCCCACCACUACUCCCUCAGCCUCCUUCUAUCCACUCUUUUUUUUCUUUUUUUUUCUAAGUGAAAGAGAGUGACAAAAAAUAAUAGUGGUAGCUCCUUCCAUCCACUCUUUUCCAAAGAGAAAGAUGAGAGUAACAAAAUAAGUAGUUGCCACUUUGUUUAUGGGUGGUCACUCCCCAUAUCUUCUCCAUUCCUCCUCUCACUGCCAUCUAUCACAGCAAAAAGCCUUGCCUUGGCUACUGUUAUUCUUAAUUCUGUCUCUCUUAGUCUCAAUUCAAACCCUUCUUUUUUACACAUUGAGAAUCCAAAAUAUCGAAUCAUAUAUUUGAAAUUUGAUAAUAUUAUUCACUCUUUAUGGAACUUUUCUUCUAUUGCCAUCAUCAUUCUUACACUAUGAUCCUCAGCCUUGCUAUUCUCUUCAUUUCCAAAGGGGCUUCAGGUGCUACAUUCACGUUUGUGAACAAGUGUGACUACACAGUAUGGCCAGGAAUUCUAUCAAGCGCAGGUAGUCCGAAGCUAGAGUCUACAGGUUUCCAGCUCACAAAAUCCACCUCUCGUUCUUUCCAAGCCCCAACCGGCUGGUCUGGUCGCUUCUGGGGCCGUACUGGUUGCAAUUUUGAUGGCUCAAACCGCGGCUCCUGCGCCACUGGCGAUUGUGGCUCAGGCACAAUUGAGUGCAAUGGAGCUGGAGCCACACCUCCAGCCACACUAGCCGAGUUCACGCUCGGGUCAGGCUCAGCUGACUUCUACGAUGUGAGCCUCGUUGAUGGUUAUAACCUCCCAAUGAUCGUUGAAAGUAGUGGUGGAUCAGGUACGUGCGCUUCCACUGGUUGCGUCAAGGACCUUAACCGUAAUUGUCCUGCUGAGCUGAGAGUUGAGGGUGGACAAGCUUGUAAUAGUGCGUGUGGGGCGUUUGGGACACCUGAGUACUGUUGCAACGGCGAUUAUAGCUCACCGGCAACUUGUAAACCUUCAUUGUACUCGCAGAUGUUCAAGAAUGCUUGUCCCUUGUCUUACAGUUAUGCUUAUGAUGAUGCUACUAGUACCUUUACUUGUACCGGAGCAGAUUAUACAAUCACAUUUUGUUCUUCGCUUCCAAGUCUAAAAUCUUCAAGAGAUUCGCCCCCUACGAUAGCAGGAACAACAACAGAUGGGUCGGGGUCAGGACCAAUUGAGCAGGCUGAAUUGGCCACUACAGAAUGGCUAGCCAAUUUGGCCACAGGGGACGCAGCCAGAACUUGCCCUUCUCUAACUUUAUCAUAUACAUUGAUUUUGGGGCUCUCUCUCAUUCUGUCAUUCUUACUUUUGUAGUCUUUUAAUUAGAGACUGAAAGAUCCAACACCACCAUCAAAGAUUGUGGUGACUUUAGGUAUUGCCUUAGGCCUAAGGAAAGUUGACGAAAUCCAUAUUUAAACCUCCCACUUUCUAAGUCCCCAAUGUUUAAAGCCAAUAGUAAAUACUCCAUUUAUUAGUAAAGCGUAAAGCAUUUCAAUUUUC